AUGGCCAAAGUCAAGUCGUUAAAACUUCCCGUUGGGGCACUGCACAAACAGGUGUCCAGACCACGGACACGGAGUAGGAGAACCUGGGUCUCCACAAGCCCGCCGAGAACUCCCCAGCUCCCGCUUACAAAGUUUGCUCGGAUCGUACGUUCCUCUUUCAGAUCCCUGGCCGCGAAGCCAAGGUGCCUGCUGCGGCCUCCGCCGAAGUUCGGAGAUGCCGUUUCCUCGCAGAAGCCGUGCUGGAGCGCGUCGGCCGCGGAGCCGAUCGUCCCCGGGCCUGGCGGCGGCCGGGGAACACUCGACGCGGGGCAGCGCGGGGCCGGGCAGAGCAGCCCCUCGCCCGCUCCUCGCCCACCUCACCCCAUUCGCCAGACAGGCACAAUAGGCAGCCCAGAGGGUGAGAAAGAAACACCCCCUGGCAGAGACCACGGACGAUGCCCACCCCCCCGGAAAAUUAUCUUUGGACAGAUAGACCAGAAGCUACCAACAGUGGUUGCCUCAGGGACGGAGAACCGGAUGACUGAAGGUGGUGAUAGUGGACUGGAUGGGUUAGGAGGACCAGGUGUACAACUAGGAAGCCCAGAUAAGAAAAAACGCAAGACAAACACACAGGGGCCUUCUUUUCCUCCGUUGUCUGAGUAUGCUCCGCCACCGAAUCCAAACUCUGACCAUCUAGUAGCUGCUAAUCCAUUUGAUGACAAUUAUAAUACUAUUUCCUAUAAACCACUACCUUCUUCAAAUCCGUAUCUUGGCCCUGGGUACCCUGGCUUUGGAGGCUAUAGCACAUUCAGAAUGCCACCACACGUUCCUCCAAGAAUGUCUUCCCCAUACUGUGGUCCUUACUCACUCAGGAAUCAGCCACACCCAUUUCCUCAGAAUCCUUUGGGCAUGGGUUUUAAUCGACCUCAUGCUUUUAACUUUGGGCCACACGAUAAUUCAAGUUUUGGAAAUCCAUCUUAUAAUAAUGCACUAGGUCAGAAUGUUAACAUGCCUAAUCAACAUUUUAGACAAAAUCCUGCUGAAAACUUCAAUCAGAUUCCUCCACAGAAUGCAAGCCAAGUAUCUAACCCUGACUUGGCGUCUAACUUUGUCCCUGGAAAUAAUUCAAAUUUUAGUUCUCCAUUAGAAUCUAAUCAUUCUUUUAUUCCUCCCCCAAACACUUUUGGUCAAGCAAAAGCACCACCCCCAAAACAAGACUUUAGUCAAGGAGCAACCAAAAACACUAAUCAAAAUUCCUCUGCUCAUCCACCUCACUUAAAUAUGGAUGACACAGUGAAUCAGAGUAAUAUUGAAUUAAAAAAUGUUAAUCGAAACAAUGCAGUAAACCAAGAGAACAGCCGCUCAAGUAGCACUGAAGCUACAAACAACAGCCAUGCAAAUGGGACACAGAAUAAGCCACGACAACCUAGAGGUGCUGCAGAUACAUGCACCACUGAGAAAAGCAAUAAAUCCUCUCUCCACCCAAGCCGUCAUGGCCAUUCUUCCUCUGACCCAGUGUAUCCUUGUGGAAUUUGUACAAAUGAAGUGAAUGAUGAUCAGGAUGCUAUCCUGUGUGAAGCCUCUUGUCAGAAGUGGUUUCAUCGGAUCUGCACUGGAAUGACUGAAACAGCUUAUGGCCUCCUAACAGCAGAAGCAUCAGCGGUAUGGGGCUGUGAUACCUGUAUGGCUGACAAAGAUGUUCAGUUAAUGCGCACUAGAGAGACUUUUGGUCCACCUGCAGUGGGCAGUGAUGCUUAAUCACGGGCAUUAACUACAGUGGUUUUUUUCCCCCUGUGUGUUACGGAGAUUCAGUGACACAGGAUUUUAGUGUUUCACAUUUUUUUCCAAUGCACACACAAAAAGAUUAUUUAUCUUUUUGUUUUUAUUAAUAUCCCACUUCAUUGCUAGUGCAAACUGUGUUGUCCUUGUUUGCUAUCUUAAAUAAGAAUAAUGUAUAUGAGGGUGCACUAGAAAAUACUAUACAAAUAAAUGUUAGUUGUUAAUAAUAAACAAAAAAGCCUCUUGAAGCUUCAAAAUAAUAUAUAGCAAAUGUAGGCAAGUUUUGACUUCUAAAAGUUAGAAUCUUUGAAAAGUUUAACAGUUGACCCUUGAACAACACAGGUUUGAACUACAUGGGUCCACUGAUCUGUGAAUUAUUUUCAGUAAACAUGUACUAUAGUACUAUGUGAUCCAUGGUUAGUUAAAUCUGAGGAUGGGGAAUCAUGGAUUCGGUGGGCUGACUGUAAAACUGUGGGCAGAUUUUGACCAUUGAGGGGUUGGCACCCCUAACAGCUGUGUUGUUCAACGGUCAACUGUGUUUCAGUGCUGAACUUUGGCAAUAUCAAGUUAAACAUUUAUUUCAAAAAAAUAUUUAAGGAUCCAUUUAACAUGUUUUCAGAAAGAAUAUAGGUAGCUGAAACAUGGAAGAAAGCAUACAUUUUAAUGGAUGUUUUAAAAAAUAAUAGAGUAUGGCACCAAAUUCCUCCCGUACUAGGGUCCUUGAAGUUAGUGACUUUCAUAUUUUCAAGUCAGUCUUUCCAGGAUAUCUGUACAGAUAUGAGACAGAUGUUAACAUAUAAUAGAUAUUCAAUAAGUAUUUGUUGAUUAACUUGUGGACUGUACCACAUGAAAUUGCUAAUGUUAGAUCAGUUGAAAUUGACUACAAUUAGUAGAGUUGUCAUAAAGUAUGUUUUUAGUUGUGCUAUUUAGAAAUAUAAAAGUAUUUUGCUCUUCAGUUUUCAGUUUUCUUUGAUUAUGGAGUUGUUUUGUUACUGUUUUCCAGAGAAAUAAAUAAUACAGUAUCCUCAGAAGAAUUGUGAAUACUUUUCUUAAUAUCAUUUCAAACUGGGACAUAUGCAAAUAAGAUAGGUAGAAACAUCACUUUGGUCUUAGAGAGCUCUGCUGGCAAAAGAACCACUCAGUGGUGGUUUGAAAAAAAUCUUGUUCUGGGGAUCUGAAUUCAAAAAUGAGCCUCAGGGGAAUUCAAAAUCCAUUUUAAGCAAAAAUCAAUGAAGAGCUAAGGUGAGCACUAACUCACAACAAUUCGAGGCCUUCCAAUCGACAAAGAGUUUCUGCUGUGACUGGGAAAGUGUAAAAUAUGGACUUGAGAGUAUCCUCUUGAGAGAUGAUCAAGAAUGGAGACAGUUGGAGGUGCUUGAAUUAAGAGUCAAAAUAGCAGAAACCCAUUUUUGGAGUGGAUCAUAAUCUGUGACCAAAAAAAAGAUACUCUAUAACAGUUGAUAAUAAUUUAUGUAAAUGAUUGGAUAUUGAUGAAGCUCCCAAACUUGAAUCAUCAUUAUCAUUGUGACCGAAAAAGUUCUGAAGACCAUAUGGUGAUCUGCAGAAGGGAUAAUUACUACCAUUUAAACCUUGGUGAAAUGACAGUGGCAGCAAUAUUGCCAAGAAAUUUAAGUUAUGCAGGAAAAGUCUGAUUAAAUGUCCUUUGGUUAAUAAACAUGAACCCAACACUUUGACAUGACAGCACUUGACUUCACAUGUCACAAGCCACUAAAGCAAAGUUCAUUGAAUUGAGCUAUUAAAGUUUGUGUCUAUCGUAGUCACCAGAACUUUGUCUAGUGAAUUGCCAUCUUUUUCAUCAUUUGGAGAUUUUUCUAAGAAACAAUAUAUUCUCCAGCUGAGAAAUAGGAAUUAGAGAGUUUGAACAAUUUACAGAGCCCAACGAUGAAUUUUCUUAGAAUGAAAUAUUUAAUAUCCUAUUAGAAGAAAAGUAUUAAUGCUCAUUAUGUGUAUUUUGAUUGAAUAAAACUUACUUUUUAAAAUGCAUUGUUUUAAUUUUGACCUACAAAACAGCAAUUUCGUAUGGUACAAGAUAAUAUAAGGUUUUCUCCAUUUGCCUGUGACUAGUUAGAGAUGAGUACAAAAUAUUUUAAAUACAGUUAUAAGCUAUGUGUCUUUAUGGUUUUAGGAAAUGAAAUGAUACAAAUUCUAAUACUAGGUACUCCUUUGUGUGAAAACUUUACCAGCUGAAGCAGGUUAAAAUGCAGUAGUUUUGGAUGACUCUUGACAUUUGAUGUGUUCAGCAGCAUACUCGAAGGUCACAUUUUGCUUAACAUUGUAGCUUUCAUUAACAUAAUUGUCUAAAUGCUUAAGGACCUAGUUAUGUUGUUUUUGAAAUCUUGUGAGUGCUGAUUUGUUAGAAAUGGUGCACUGACUGCUAUAUGCCCAGUCCUAGCAUCAGAUCUUGAUGUUUUAUGACCGAAUACAGUUGGUUAGAGACUGAGUAGAACCUUCCAAUGUCCUCAGGAGUUAACACUUCUCGUGGUAGGACUUGAGUUGUGCUCACUGCUAAAGAUGAGUGUGCAGUUUCUUAAGCCCUCUACUGCUUACAGUUUUAAUAGUUGGUUGUGAGAAUGAAAUAACCUCUCCCAAGUUAGUCUAAAAAUACUUGGCUUAUAAUAUGAUUUGUUCAUUUUCCAUUUCCAAGUCGUUGCUUUUAAAAACCUAGAAACAAGUGAUUUUUUAAUUCAUGUAUUUAGGUCUUCAGAGCACUUUACUUAAGUAAGAAGCUGUAAAUAUUCAAAAGAAAAACCCAUGGUUGAUUCUGACAAUAGGCAGACUACAGUCAUAGCUGAUGAAUGUUUUCAUGUAUUUGAAUUAAUUUUCUUACUAGUUCUAUAUUUGUCUCUACAUGACACUUAGUCAAAAGUUAUCUGGAUGCUUUUGGGUAGGGAAAAUGAUGAGCUAUAAGAAUGGCCAGAUAUUUGCCUAAUUUGACUCAGAGAAGGCUAUUAUACAAAUUGGUAUGGCUUUCUUAAGACAAAUGACAAGCUGCCCUAAACAUUUAAAAAUAUUCAGUGAGGGAAAGAAAUACACACAGGUGGAAUAAUCUUCCAGCAGCAUUACACCUUUUUGGGGAGUGUAAUCCUUUUCCUUCACUGAAAGGCCUACUCUCACAUGCACACAUAUCAACAAAGAACUAAGCAGGAAAUCUUGGGGUUUCUCCUGCAUUCUUAAGUUUUGCCAAAGUUCAACAUGGCUAACUAUCAAUAGCUAGGCUCUCCCAUCAAGGCUGGGUUACUGAUAGAAAAUUUUAAAGCAUCAGUUCCUUUCUCAGAACUUGCUUUGUUCAUUUCACUAGAGAAUUCCUGGUCCACUUGCUUCAAGAUGCUACUGGACUCACUAAUACUAAAACAGAUUAGCUUGUAAAAGAAAAAUAAAUUGUUCUUCAGAUAGAGUGCUUAGAAUUAGACUUGUGAUCCGUGUUUUCCUUUUGUGUGAAAUAUUUUAGAGUACUGCGAUUAUGAUCCUUGUUAUCCAAAUUAGAAGGUUAUGUACGUAAAACUGAAGAUUUUCUUGUACUAGUGGUUACUCUUCAUAGAUGAACACAAUAUAAAGAAAUCCGAUUUAUGUGUGUGUGUGUGUUUUUAAGACUCCUAACUCUGCCUAGUGGUAGGAAAAAAAAAACGUUAGCAGGUCACCAUGAAAUCUGCUGACUAUAAUAAUCCAGGUAAAACAAGUAUCAGGAGUCUUCUAACAUUCUUUCAUAUUUGUUUGUCUUGAACAAACUGAGUGCUAGUACUUACUGUCCAACGUACUAUAGUAAUUGUAUAAUAUAUAUAAGCAAUGACUUUUAAAGGGAGCUUGAGAGUUUUUGAAUUUCUUUUUUGCAGUGUAUAGAAGUUUCAUAGGCAUGAACAUUUGUGCUAUUUAAGAUUUUUUUAAUUAAAAAUUUAAUUAAAAGCAUCCAGAUUUCCAAAGUUCAUUUGUAAAUAAUGGUUUAGAACUCUGUACAAGAUGAUUGGAUUCUUAAGGAAGCUCAUAAAGCCUUAUUUCAACCAUCAUGUAGUUAGCCAAUAGUAUCAUGCUGAGUGCUCAGUUUUCUUUAAGGAAACAGUGUAGGAAGGAGAAAGAAGCAGAGGUCUUUCCCUUUUUUUCUGAUUUAAUUGAGGAAGGUUAAGUUCUUUGGUGUGAGUGUUUCCCACUUACCCUCUUACCAUCCCAAACUUCCCCAAUGGAAUGCUACAUAAAACCAACUUGCCUUUUUGCUUCCUGGAUGCUCUGUACUUCAAAAUUUCAUAGUUCUUCUAAUCAGAAUUCCCAUUUCUGUUGGCUGUGGUUGGCUAGAUUUCAAGGGAAAAGUGUUUUCCAGCAAGAUUUGAACAAAGACAGUGAAGAAAGUGGGAUUAAGUUUCUUUUUUUAAAAGACUUUAUUUAGAAUGAAUCUUUAGUACCUAAGAUUUCAGACAGUGUGACCACUUUUCAGGCACCAUGGGAAGCAGUAUUUACUGAUCAAAUUGACUGAUACGUUCUUGAGACUACUUCCCAGUUUCCUUUAGAUUGUUGAGACUUUUCACAGUUGCUUUUCCUCUACUUCUGAACUCAGAGGUUUCCAAAUUUUAGUAACUUCCCCUUUUCCUCUGUUUCAUGUAGCUGAUAAAGCGGUAUAGAAGUCACAUCUGUAUUUUUCCAGCUCAGUGAUGGAAGUUUAGAAGCACCCCUGGAGUAAAGAGGCUAGGGAUGGCAGUAUCUCCCAAGACAAGAUGUGUAGGGCAAAUGAAGGGAAGAAAACUUUUCAUGAAACCCAAUGCAUAAGCUUCAUCUUUGUCAUAUUUUGUCAAAAUGCAUUGCUUGUAAUUAUAUUAAAAUCUUCUAAAUAUCUGUACUUUCCUUGUUCUGUAGAUGAUGUUGCUUGUUAGUUAAAAUAUCUUUUAUAAAAGAAAGUCCUGCUUCUUAUCAUGAUGUAUGUGACUUAAAUGACUGUUUCAUAUUAAAACUAUUUCUUCCUUAUGUACUGCUUACAUAUACCUCUUUUUGGGAUAUUAGUUCAGUACUUUUAUACAAAUCUGAGUGUGUUCCACAUUGGUGACAUGUAUUUUUGCAGUAAAUUUUUGUUUUGUUCUUAGAGCAUGUCUGAAGUUAACACAUGCACUAGUGCUGUGGUCUGUGGCAAAAUUACUGUAAUUCAAAUUGGAACAUAAAAUGUUUCCAGACUUUGUCCAACAUUUAUUCCUAUGGCAAAGGAAAUUACUAUGUAAUACUAAUAAUUUCUUAUGCUGGUAUGUUUAAGCUACUCUAUGAAGUAUGUGAGACAUCAAUAUUUAUGGAUUACUAGAAGGCCUGAUGUCUUUGAAUUGGGAGAGAGGGGUAAAAUUUGGUGUUAGCAAUUCAUAUCACUCAUAAUACAAUAAAUACUUGUUAAAAAUGUGAUGUUUCUCUUACAGUUAUCAUUUACUAAGGAAUUAUUCUCUUAAUUGACAGUGCAGAUAAGGAUUUUUUAGCCGAUACCAUUAAAAUUAUCUGCUAGACCUUGAACUUAUUCUGAUAUCUUCCAACCCAAAAAGAUAUUCACUCCACCAGAACCAAAAUAAGUAGUAAUGUUAAUCUUUAUUUAUAAAGAAACUACUAAAAUACUGUAAAACUCCUCUAAUUUACUUAGAAUUUGUAACCAUUGAUACAUGGACUUGAAUGGUGGUUACUUUGUACUAUCUGAUGAAAACAUUUGUUAAUAAAAGUCAUAAUCAAGAUUUUAAAGAAAAAAAUGUUUAACCUUGAAAAAAUUUUCAGCUUUUUAGGGGCAUUUAUUUCAAAAUGCUAGUUUAAAAGCAUUCUUUUGUCAUUAAACCAAGUACCCAAAAGAAUUGUAAUAGAUAAUACUUCAAAUUUGUAUAUUUGAAAUUACAUGGCUAACAGGAAAAAAAAAGAAUGCUUGUGAGAGUGCUUAAACUGCAUAUCUUUUUAAAAUAUUCAAAUUUUUAGACUUUUACCAAGUUAGACUAUCCUGAAUUAACCAGGUUUUACGGUAUCAGUGAUGUAUAUUACAAGAUAAAUGUCUACUGCUGUUAUGCUAAUGUCUCUCCAUACAGCAUCAUUUUUGGCAUGGUUGCUGUGGUGUAUUUUAUACAUUUGAUUGUCAGCUAUUGGUAGAACUGAAAUAGCAAUAAAUCUGAUUCCGUUCUCAAUAUUUUUAAAAAUGCCAGAUACCAUACUGUGUCAUAAUCCCAUUGUAUUUUACUUGAAUGCCAAAUGUUUUCAUGGGCUUCUUUGUAUUAAAAAUUUAGUUUUACGUGUUAGGGAUUUUUUUUCUGGUAUUUUCAGAUACAGUGUUUUAGAACUGGGUCUGUUUCUAUUUGGAUCAUGAAGGUUUAAAUGAUUCAUGAGUUGCUUUGUGAAAAAAUUUGAAUAAAGUAGGAAAUAACUAGGUUUCCCCCAAUUGUUCAUUUUCUUAUGUGGUCAAUGUGCAGGUUACUGUUUUUGGAGAAAUAAAAUUGGCUUGGUGACUGAUUGAAUAUAGUAGAUAUAUUAUAGUUUGACUGUCUAAGAGCUUCCAAAUGUUAAACCAAAAAAUUCUCAAUUCUGAAUUACUUUUUAAUAAUUAUAAUAAGUAGUAGUAAGCCAGUUCUCAUUGUUCUUUUUAAAAUAUUUAACUCUUAUAAUUUUUUCCUUCGUGUCCUUUUUCCUUCUUUCUUAAACACCAUACUAGAAUUUAAAAUUGGGGAGUUUAACUUAUCUCCCACAUUUUAGUUUUUUACUCUAGAUAAGUAGUGAGACAAGUAGAGGUUCUAUCAAAACAGUCCAUGUUAUUGUUGGCUAUUCUUUUCAGGGAUCAUGCUGUCAUUUGUGCAUUGUAUAAAGAAUGUUAUUUAUCAGUCUAUAGACCUACUACUAGUAGAAAUUAUGUAUGGCAGGCUUUCUUAAACAAUAUGUAUUGUAAGUUUGUUUCCUAUCAGUGUUAUGCUUCAGAUUCUUUUAAAUAAAGCUAGUUUUUAAAGAGAAAAA